CACUUUCUGCACCCUGCAAGCAACAGUCGCAAAGUAGAGCUUGAACUGAGAGCGGAGCAGCGCUGCGGUCUAGUGCAAAUUAACAAACCACUCCACUCUCCACCUUCAGAUAUGGCUGAUCAACUCACAGAGGAGCAGAUUGCUGAGUUUAAGGAGGCAUUCUCCUUGUUCGAUAAGGAUGGUGAUGGUACUAUUACAACUAAAGAGCUGGGCACAGUAAUGCGUUCUCUCGGGCAGAACCCCACAGAGGCUGAAUUACAGGACAUGAUUAACGAAGUGGAUGCUGACGGUAACGGAACCAUUGAUUUUCCUGAGUUUUUGACAAUGAUGGCCCGGAAAAUGAAAGACACAGACAGCGAGGAGGAGAUCCGUGAGGCGUUCAGAGUGUUUGACAAGGACGGGAAUGGCUACAUCAGUGCAGCAGAGCUUCGCCACGUCAUGACGAACCUGGGCGAAAAGCUGACAGAUGAAGAGGUUGACGAGAUGAUCAGAGAAGCCGACAUCGACGGCGACGGUCAGGUCAAUUACGAAGAGUUUGUACAGAUGAUGACGGCAAAGUGAAGCUCUUCUGUUCUCACCUGACCUCUUUAGAAGACAUUAAAAAAAAUCAGUCAAAUGUUUUACUUACCUCUUACGCAAAAAUAUUCAUUUAUUCAUACUGUUUCUGUAUAGAAAAUACUGAAUGUUAUAAAAAGGAAAAUGUCCAUAUAUAUAAAAAAAAUAUAUAUAUAAAAAAUAAAUUAAGAAAAAAAUAAAUCCACACAAAAACCCACAUAAAUGACCUGCAUGUACUGGUUAGUGAUCCUAUUCCCAAAGAGCUGCUUAGACAUUUUCAAAAAUAUCAAUUUAAUUCUGAUAUCAAACCUUCAGAAACUAAAGUAAAAGCAUCUGGUGAACUGCUUAACUGGUUCCAUUUGCUAGUGGCGAUGUUUGGGCUGACCAGCCGUCUUCUACUUCCCGUUUCUGUUCCACAUGCAUGCAGCUUGAGUCUGGAGCCGCUAUUAGGCGGAAACCUCUGCGAUGUCUGUUAGAGCCUUCUGAGGGGUUCAGAACAGUCCGAAUUGAAAAGAGGAUUGAAUAUAGUUCAGGAGGAUGAGGGGUGAGCUUGGAAUCUACAGAAGAUGAAUGAAUGGGUCCUUUGCGGUUUGCUUCGAUAACUUAAUAAAGAGAUAUUUUUAAGAAAAAUUUGCAUUUAAUGAGAUUUUAAACUAUGUUUGGCAUGUCAGGAUAUUUGGAGUUUUGUUUCUUUGUGCAUUAUGCCCAAUAGUAGGGGCGUUUAGUGGGAGGGAGUGGCUUGGGAGUUUCAGGGUGUGACCUUUCACCAUAUGUGGAAGUGUUUUUAGGGUAAGGGAUGGUGACUGUAACAUAAAUGGUUUUUAUCUUUUGUUCUUCUCUGGGCCCUGACCAUGAGCAUGUCGAUCUUUCUCUGGAGUGUGCAGAGGGCUUUUGCAAUCAGGGUUUUGUUUCAACUGCCCAACUUCAGUUCUGUUUAUGUUCAUUCCAAGUUGUACAUGCUCGUCUUUUGAUUUGAUUUUUUCUUUUUUUUUUUUCAAUAAAAUAACAUUAAC